UCUGGGGACGAGCAGGCACGGCAUGCUUGCAUGAUAGCUGCCUCAUACGGAGGCAGCAAGAGCAGUCGUGAAGAGGGAUGGCGAAAGCAAGAGAGACAGUGGAGAGGGAGGGAGAGAGGAGCAGAGAGAGGGAUUGUGAGUGAGGGAGAGAGAGAGAGAGAGAGAGAGGGAGGUAAAGCAAGAGAGAGAGAGAGGGUGCAGAGAGAGAGACUUAGAUAUGGGAAAGAGGGAGAGUGGAGCAGGCUGGUCAGGGAAGGAGAGGCAGAGCAUCAGGAAAGAAACUAAAAGAGAGCCCAGCUGGAGGGAGGCUCCACGCAGCAGCGUGCACAGCCCGCACAGCUGAAAUGAAAGCGGGGGCGGCUGUGCACUGGCAGCUUGGCUCAGGGAAACCUGUUAUAGGACAUCCUGCCUUUGGAAGUGAGCUGCAGCGUCCCUGACAGCUAAGUACUGCCACUAUGCCAGUCAUGAGCAAGCCGGGGUUUUUGGCAAAGACGGACUCGGGGUUAAGGAGGCUCUUCUCUGAGGAGGUGUGGAGCUGGGGGAAGGAGAAGAAGGGCGGAGAAGCCGGCCUGAUGGAGCCGGAUGUGCUUCAGGGUAUCAGGGCCACACAGCCUGGUUACCCUAAGACCUCACCCAGGAGCUUGAGAAAACACGACAAGUCUGAGGAGACCCUCCAAAGCAAGGAAGGGACACUUCAGCAAAAACAUAAGCCGAUGAAGACAAUGGAUGACAGUACUGAAACAGACCCGGCAAAUGGAGGACAGGCACCACAGCAAACUCACAUAUGUCUGCAGGAGAAACGUGACUCUCGGGAGAAAAGUAAUGGCAAUGUAUCCUCAGGAGAUGAAUCAUCUUCAACAUCGGCAUCGUUGACAUCAUCGUCAUCCUCAUCAUAUUCUGGAAGACCUCUUAGAAUAAGAUCGUUGCCCAAUUCCCCUGACGGAUCUUGGAGGUCUCAAAAAACUGUUGGCUCAUUUGCAUCACUCCCUGAGUUCCAGAGAGCAGUUGCCAUCUGUAUAAAUGUCUCUGAGGUGUCGGUCUCCUCAUCAGAUAUCGAUGAGGAUCUGCCCUUUGAUUUAGAGGACAGUAAAUGUAAGUAUCAAAUCCCCUGUAGCAAAAAAAAUUGUGUGUCCACAAUGGGUACCAGCUCUGAUCUUUGCAUUGAGUGCAAGAUCGAUUUAACAAGUGGGAACACUGUUUCCUGUAAUCGUCAGAACUACCAAAGACUGGAAAAUGUGCCAUCUAUUAACAUCAACCUUGGGGGGAGCACUAUAGGAGCUGGUGCAAAUCAGUGUUUAUCACUUGUAACUUGUGCUGGGGGAGAUGUACAGCAAGAGCAUGAGCAAGAGAUAUCUUCUGUCAUGGCCAGUCAUUUUCAUAGUUCUUCAGUCCAGGACACAUGUGAUGGGGACAUAGACAUCAGUCAUGAAAGUUCUUCUGCCGAUGAGGGCCCUUUAGACACAGAAGAGAAGUCAGAAGCGUUCUCCCAUAGCAGUGAAUGUCUGGUUUCCUCAGGGGAUGAAAUGGUUUUCAACAAUGAACUGGGUAAUGGGGGAGACAACAGCAAUUUAGACAUGAUACGACAGCUCGAAAGCGCUGAUUUUUUAAGCUCAGAGCAAUCAAACUUUUUUCGAUACAAAAAAAAACAACUGUUUCUUGACAUUGAUCCAAUAUCACUGGAAAAACAAAUGCUUGGACAAAAAUCAGGGAUAAAUAACCCAGUGGAUUUUCCUUCAUGGAAUACCCUGGUUUCCGAGGAAACACUGUCAGAGAUCCUGUCUCCAGUGGAUGAGAUUCUGUCUUACGGCAGCGCUGAACUCCUUCCAUCAUUAGCGACAGUUACAGGGUCAGACAUGGGCAAUUAUGUGUACCAACCUCCCCCACCUGCAAGUGAAAUCAUAACCUGGACCAGCGAAGAGGACUUUGUUCUUCCUCUUGAAGGCCUCGAAAAAAUCCAGCCUAAUAAGAGUCCAACCGAGGACCCAUCCAUCAUAAGUGAAGAUUUGCCGUCUCUCUCUGAGGAUUUUCUCUUUUUGGUAAACCAGGAGGAAUCAAACAGACAAACAGAUAAAGCAAUAAAUCAUGAGGAUUUAAAAUCAGACCUCUUAAUAACAAACUCAGAAACUACCUCUUCAUACAAGAAAUUAAGUGACAAUAACAGGUGUAAGACCCGAGACAAAAAUCCUCUUUUAGACUUUAUUAUUUCUGAAGCAGGAGACGCUGAAGGCUGUUCAGAACGUGCGUUCAGUGUAGGUGAGGGAGUUGUGUUUUGCCACUCUGUGUCCAGUCAAUGGAAAGAUAGAGAAAUGCCUGCAUUUUCUGGUGGGAACUGGGCAGGUGUGUCAUUGGAUAGCCCAACCAGAAAUCACAAUGGAACCUUCAAAGAUAUGGAGUACUUCAAAUGUGGUAAGAACUGUGGGAUCUUUGUCAGGGCAGAAGAUAUUCUACACGAGGAACGCGAAAGAGACUUGGAGUCCACCUUGCAUAAUGAUCCUUUUUCAGAUGAAGAACCACCUAGUGAUGAUAAAAAAGAAAAAAUAUGGAGAGCAGCCAAAUACUCAGGUGAUACACACAAUGAAAGAAAACAUAUAAGCAAAAAACCAUUAGGAUGUGAUUCUUCAGGUGCCAAAAUGACAUGCAAAGAUGUAACUCCACUUCAAGAACCAAACAACAACACCUGUUCAGAACUUAUAGGGGCAUGUGAUCAUCUACUAUCAGAAACUCCAAGUGACCAGCUUCAACAAUCUAUUGAUAACACCACAUUAAACAAGUUUGCACUUUCUGGCUUUGAUGGACUCAAAUCAGAUCAUUUCCACCAAAAAACUACUUAUCCUUCCAAUGCUGAAUUUUCUGAAUGUGUGAAGGGACAGAAGGAUCUGUUAGAGCUCUGUGCCAACAAGACAAAUCCCAUUUUAGUCUCACCUAUCGAAUCUUUCAUUGAUCAGACUUCCCUGAAGGACUUUGCACCAGGAGUUGCAGUCCAAGAAGUACAACAUGACAACUCCAUCCUUGAUGUACGAGAGAUAGAAACAGUAAGGUUUUUUAGCAAGUGCCACCAUGAUCUAAACUCUCUGGUUGAGAAAUUAGCAGGAGACUUGAUAAAGGAAAUCUUGACGGAUGCUCAGGAAUUUAGGAGGAGAUCUCGACGGAGGAGAAGCUUCCAAAAUGACAGCCAGAUUAUUGAUAGAAUUGUGAAAAAGAGGGAGGAUAAUCUGACUAGAGCAAAUCAACUGGAAUUCAGCGAUCAGUGGCAAUGCACCCUCUCAUCUUCAGUAAACCUCAAAAUCCAGCCACAUGAUCCUAUGGUCAUCCGCCAUCUUGUAGCAGCCGCUGUGGAGAGACUUUGCGGUCAAACUAUAAGUUGCAAGGUUGAUAUCACAGAUGCCCCUGACCAUUUAAUCGAUGGGGAGAGUCGUAGAUCUUACCAACAGGUCAUAUACGACCUUACUUCAGAGGUAUUUGAAGAGAUUUCACGAGACCAUCCAACCACAUGUGGGUUUCCAUGGCAAACAAAUCAAGCAUUAUCUCUUGCAACACUCCAACCAAGCAAGUCCCCUCUCACACAUGUGAAGGCAGCAGUCCAAAAUGAGGUGCAGAGAGUGCUGAAUCUGGAGCGUAAUGAUGUGCAGUUGAGAGAAAUGCUCCAGGUUAUGUGCAAGUAUGGGAACACGCAGCGGGACAAAGUGGACUACAUACUGAUCCAGGAGCUUCAUAAAGAAGAACUUCAGUGGCUAGACUACAACCUUGACCAGCUCGCAGUCAAAAUUAGACUGGCUGAUGAGAUUUUCAACAUCCUUCUGCAGGACACUAUGUCAAUCCUAAACAAAAUCUACGCAGCGCCCUCAAAUGUCAAUCCUCCAGCCAUACAGGCAUCCGAACCUGCAUUUGGUCAACGGGAGCAAGACUACAUACAGUAAUAAAGAGACACCUCUCAUAAUUCAUAAAUGUCAAUGUACUGCAAAUAACUCUCCCUUCCAUAUGUGAAUUGAGGUAGAAUGAUUUUAGAUAAAAAGCAAUAUAAAGCAGUAUUAAAUCAUGUGGGAUUACAUGGAAUUAUCAUUUUUUACCCUGUUGUUUUAUAUGCUAAAUAUGAUUAAUUUUUUUUUUUUUUUUUUGUGAAAGACAAAUAGUUCAUACUGGGACCUCCUUGUGAUUCACAUGUAUUCAUUUUCGUCCCAGUGUUCUUCCAUGGUGACUUUAUCGUGAUAAUCACCUAUAUAGGCUACAUUCUAUUAACCUACUCUGGCAAACUGAUUUUUUGGGAGAAAGGCUAUAAAAUGGGAUACGGUACAGCCCACAGCAUCAUGGUGUCGUACUCUAUGUUUUUGCUAUAACCACGAUCAAACCUGCUGCUUCCUGGUUUUUGUUAGCUUGUUUCGUAGUUUCUAACUUUAUAUUUAUAUUUUUAUACUUAAAUUCUAUUACACUAAGGUGUGAUGUUAAAUCUAAUUCAAUUAUUUAUCUAUUUUGCUUUGCUUUAUAUUAUUGUAUGUCAUUUUCCCAGAAAACCAUAAAACAUGGAUUAGAUACCUACAUUUUUAUAAAACUCCUUUAAUCAAUGCUCUUCUGCACUGAUUUUGCAUGGGAGCCCUUUCUCUCGUAAAAACAUAUUUCUGUACCUUAUUCAACUUCAGUUUAUGUAAAUUUAUUAAUUUAGUUAUAUCUGUCAUCAUAAAGUAAUCCAAAAUUAAAUCUGUAAAUGUUUCUUAUUGGCCCAAGCAUGUUGAUCUUAAGACGGGCCGGAAUGCAUAAUUCUGAACUCGGUGGACAAUGGAAAAAGUAGCAGGCGGUAGAAGUUAGGUCACAUCAUUUAUGAUUGUGAAGUUUGAAAAGUGCCUGAAGAGAUCAAAUCAUAUAAAUCUAUUAAAGAAGUAUGUGUCUGUGCAUCUGAUCCGGAAAUGUUCUGACUCUGACUGAGGUAGCCAUGGUCAUGCCAAGUAGGUCUGGGAUCAUAGUUAUAACCAUUCAACAAAACACGUGAUUAAAUCCCUUGAAAGGUACACAUCCAGUUUGGCACCUUGUAUAUUAUUCUGAUGUUUGUUUUUUUUGCGUAAAUGGUAUCAUAUGCCUUAAGGAAGUUUUUAUCAUAUAAGAUUCAGUCUUGUUUUCAUAGUGCAAACACAAUCGGUCAGCAUAUGCAUCUUCUAUUUCACAUAUCCCUCUGUUGAGGAUGGCUGUAUUGUUCCAUUUAAGUGAAGGCACUGUUACUAUUAAUCUACCAAAAUAGCAUUAAUGAAUUGAAAUGACGACCAAUUUCGCUACUGUUUAACUCCAAGGACUUUGAUGGGUUAAUUAACAUACGUAAAAUUUGUACUCCCGUAAAAUUUGCCUCAAUGAUUUAUUCUCUUCUUUUCAUUAAAAAACAACAACAAC